UCACCCCUAAACAUUAUGAAUAUGUACUCGCUGAAAACACAAAACCGUGAUUUUAAAAUCAAUAUUUGGUCUAACACCAAUUUCAGUAACGCUGUCUAUUCUAAACCUUUAACAAAAAAUACUUGCGAAAAAUUUGUUUUUGACAUGCUCCGCAAAAUCACAACGAUGACGCUCGGCAUCGGUCAUAUCCUGCAUUGGAACGACAGAAAUCUCCUAGAGUUUCCUGAAGACUUGAAACGGAACAGGGACGUGGUGUAUCAGCUCUACAUAAAAAACAACUUCAUCGAAGUACUACCGGGAUGGAUUAACAGCUUGAAUAAAUUGACUCACAUCUACAUGGACAACAACAAACUGUCGACAUUCCCUGCGGAACUAUGCGAGUUGAAGGGACUGGAAGUGCUGUGCGCGCCUCGCAACUCCAUAACGGACAUACCUUCCGCACUGACGGCGCUCAAGCGACUGACGCAGCUGAACUUGUCACGCAAUCGAAUAAGAAACGUCCCUGGCGACGUUUUAAACAUGCCGUCUCUGUGGCUAUUGGACUUGUCUCACAACGAAAUCGAAACUCUGCCGGAAGUCUACCCAGACAGAUUGUAUUACGGUGAAAUAUUAUUGAACGGAAACAAGCUGAUCUCCGUGCCGGACAAUCUCAUUCGCCUGAAGAACAUCGAAUACUUAUCGCUGGCCCACAACAGGCUCAUAUACGCGCCUGCGGUAGCUUUCAGACCGGAAGCCAAUAUCAACAUAGACCAUAAUCCUAUUUUAAAUUACGUGCCGGCGACUAUUAAAGCAGAACAUUGCGGCACACAACAAUUUCUGGAAGCACACAUGUUGCCGAAUAUAACACUGACGUGCGACGGUCGCAAUCUGAUUUUAUCACCUAAAAUCAAAGAAGUGUUCAGUGUCCAAGGAAAUGCACAUUGCCCCACUUUGAAAGAAUUUGCACUCAGGGCGCUCUACGUUUGGAAGACGCCAUUUGCCAAAGAUAGUGUCCCCAAACAUUUGUGCGAACAAUUGUUGUCCGGUCCAGCUGCUUCCUGUAUGCAAUGCUUGAGACCGAUGUUCACAUUCAGCUAUAUGUGUUUAUUACAAUAUGAUUUCUUUUUCAGAUCACACACGCAUUUCAAUGCCCAAUAUUUUUGUUCUAAAUCGUGUCAUGGAGCAUUUAAACAAUUAAUAACAAAUCGUUACCAAAUGGUUUUACAAGAAUUGGAUUUUAAAAUUAAACCUUAUGGAUUUUUUCAAAGUUAAUUUUCAUUUUAUUACAUUUUGUUUAAUAUUGUCAUUAUUUUUAUUUACUCUUGAUGUUCCUAAUUUUACUGUUAUAUUUAUUAAUUUAUUGAAUUCCAAAUAAUAUAAUGAUUGUACGUA